AUGUUUACUCUUGAUGCUGAGCUACCUGACCUUCCACAUCCAACAUGGGCUGCAGAGAGAUUUCCCUGGCUCGUUCAAUUGAGUAAAGUUACAAGUUUACCAUUGAUGCAGCCUUCCGCCGCUUGUCGCGGCCCUCUCAAAUGCGCGGAUGUUGUGAUUGUCGUUGACGUUGAUGUUGAUGUUGAUGUCGUUGCGGUUGAAGUCGAAGCUGAAGGUUUGUCCCCCUUUUCUUUACCCGUUUUGUCGAAUCACGGGGAUCGGAGGAUGUCGGAGAAGGCCCUCGCCCGCCAGCGCCACCGGGCCGGGAGAAUCCGGGUGGCAGGUGGCCCAGGCCUUGCGAAAAAACCCCGUGCCCUGGCUGACUCUGCCUUCUUUUUUGCAAAACUCCACCAGAAACGACGAGCAGCGAGCAGCAAACUACCGCUUUGCCGGAGCAACACCCACGAUUUCGCACGAUCCCUGACACGAUAUUACGCUUACGCUUCACGAAAACGAAAAAUUAAAACUGUUCCUGUGCCGUAG